UUCAUACAGUAACCAGCGUGAGCUGCACACUUCAUAGUUUUUUAAAAGCAGGCCUGUUAACAUGUACCUGCCAUUCUACCUCACUCGGGCUCACACAGUAUAAAGGUAACAGUUUGGUUUUUGAUCUUGCACAAAGAUAGUCCCUCCUUUCCUGGAAAAGCCAGACAGACCAGUUGGAUACCUUUCAAGCCUCAACUCAGAACUUUAUCAUCUCAUCCCUCUGCCUUUUAAAAGUAGAAACACCUGAGACAUUUUUAAGACCUGAGAAUCCUUAAUCAUUUAAACAAAUGGCUAACCCCAAUGCAGUCGGCAAUGGACAUCUCCAUUCUCACCAGAAACGGAAUAAACUCUUAAUAAGUGGAAUCUAUAAGAAAAACGGGAUUGCUAAAGAAGUCAAGAAAAACGGCAUCUCAAAUGGAGGUUUCUACAAAAGGCCGUUUCAUGAACACUUUGAACAAGCUCCAAUGUAUGUCGCUGUUUUGACUUACAUGGGUUUUGGAGUUGGAACACUAUUUGGCUACCUGCGAGAUUUUAUGCGAGCCUGCGGGCUAGAAAAAUGUAACCUUGCUGCAGAAAGAGAAGAACAAAAAGAUUUUGUGCCACUUUAUCAAGAUUUUGAGAACUUUUAUACAAGAAACCUCUACAUGAGAAUACGAGAUAAUUGGAACCGCCCAAUUUGCAGUGUCCCAGGGCCACAGUUUGACCUCAUGGAACGUAUUACAGAUGAUUUCAACUGGACAUUUAGCCGAGACUUCUCAUUGGCAGGCAAAGAUCUCUGCCACUUCUUUGAUAUUGAGUUUCAGGCUUAG